AUGUUAAAGUGCUGCUGCCGCCGCCUCUGUGCCCGCGCCCCGGAGAUGUCCUUCCCCCAGCUGGGCUACCCGCAGUAUCUCAGCGCCAGCCAGGCGGUGUACGGGAGCGACCGGCCCGGGGUGCUGGCCGCCGCCGCCGCAGCCGCCGCCGCCGCCGCUGCCGCCUCGGGCCGGCCCGCGGGCGCCGAGCUGGGCAGCGGCUCGGCCGCUGUCACCUCGGUGCUGGGCAUGUACGCCAGCCCCUACAGCGCCCCCAACUACAGCGCCUUCCUGCCCUACACCGCCGACCUCGGCCUCUUCUCCCAAAUGGGCUCCCAGUACGAGCUGAAAGAUAAUCCGGGUGUCCACCCUGCUACCUUUGCUGCCCACACUGCCCCCGCCUAUUAUCCCUACGGACAAUUCCAAUACGGGGACCCGGGGCGGCCCAAAAAUGCCACCCGGGAGAGCACCAGCACCCUCAAGGCCUGGCUUAACGAGCACCGCAAGAACCCCUACCCCACCAAGGGCGAGAAGAUCAUGCUGGCCAUCAUCACCAAGAUGACCCUCACCCAAGUCUCCACCUGGUUCGCCAACGCCCGCCGGCGGCUCAAGAAGGAGAACAAGGUGACCUGGGGCUCCAGGAGUAAGGACCAAGAAGAUGCAAAUCUCUUCGGGAGUGACAAUGAGGGGGACCCCGAGAAGAAUGAAGAUGAUGAGGAAAUUGACCUGGAGAGCAUAGAUAUAGAUAAAAUUGAUGAGAAUGAUGGGGAGCAGAGCAAUGAGGAAGAGGAGGAGAAGCCUGAGCUCCUGAGACAAAGCAGUGAAGAGGAGCACUUGGAAAAGGAGAAGGAUUUGGCACUGUCAGGGUCUGAAGGGCUGAAACCCAAAGACACGCUGGCCAUGGUGAAGGAGUCCUCUGACAAUAGCACGAGAAUCAUCAGUCCUGGGGGACCGAACAAUUUACAGAUGCCAUCUCACAGCAAACCCAAGAUUUGGUCUUUGGCAGAGACAGCAACGAGUCCUGAUGGUGCCCUGAAAUCUUCUCCUCCUCCGCCCCCUCCUCCCCAGGUUAACCACACUUCUCCUCAGAUUCAGCACCCCGCUUUUCUCCCUAGCCAUGGACUCUACACAUGCCAGAUUGGCAAAUUUCACAACUGGACAAAUGGGGCUUUCCUCACUCAGAGUUCCCUUCUAAAUGUGAGGUCCUUUUUGGGAGUAAAUCACCACCAUGCUGCUCAUCACAAUCACCACCUCCAGGCCCAGCAACAAUCUUCUGUUUUAACAGCAACCCUGGGAGCGCUAAGCAGCGACAAACCUUCAGAGAGGACCAGUCCCAAACACAUAGAAAGAGAAAAUGUACCAAGAACUGACUCCCCACCCCAGCCGCUAAAAUCGCCCUUCCAGCCUGUCCGUGACAACUCUUUGGCUCAGCAAGAGGGAACACCGAGAAUUUUAACAGCUCUCCCUUCUGCUUGAUUAAAUGAUUUGGUGAAAAAAUAUUACAGAGACUGGUAUUAAGGACAGAGAGAGUGAAAAAAAAGGAAACGGUAUAAACGACUCCCAUCAAUCUCUUUUUGCAAUAAGGUGGUGCAAAUCCAUAAAAGCAUUACACAAAUCUGUAGAUGGAUCCCCUUCCUCAUUGUACCAUUUCAGAUCGUGUUAUUCUAACCAUUCUUGGAUUAUUUGUUUGGUAAAUGUUUCCCAUGUGUUUGUGGUUUUCUUUUUUCUGUAUAUAGAGUGAUUUCAGAUUGUAAAUAACA